CUUGAAAACGGAUUGCUUUCCUGUGUCUGUGAAUUCUCCGGGUGGUCAGUUUCUUUUCCCCUCUCAGCUGUCAGCUGCUCUGGAGAUUAGUUUCAUAGUAAGGAUUCUUUCUUUAAAGCAAUAUGAAGCGACUACUUUCACGGGGGCACCAGCCCCUUUGCUUUUACCCUGUCUCAAGCCAACAUGUCGCUGAAAAAUGAGCCAAGAGUAAAUACCUCUGCACUGCAGAAAAUCGCUGCUGACAUGAGUAAUUUGAUAGAAAAUCUGGACACGCGAGAGCUCCACUUUGAGGGAGAGGAGGUGGACUACGAUCUGUCUCCCAGCGAUCCCAGGAUACAGGAAGUGUAUAUUCCUUUCUCUGCGGUUUAUAAGACUCAAGGAUUUAAGGAGCCUAAUAUACAGACGUAUCUCUCCGGCUGCCCAAUAAAAGUUCAAGUUCUGGAAGUGGAGCGCUUUACAUCUACAAAAAGGGUACCAAGUGUCAAUCUUUACACUAUUGAAUUAACACAUGGGGAAUUUAAAUGGCAAGUGAAGAGAAAGUUCAAGCACUUUCAAGAAUUUCACAGAGAACUGCUCAAGUACAAAGCCUUUAUCCGAAUCCCCAUUCCCACCAGAAGACACACAUUUAGAAGACAGAAUGUCAAAGAAGAGCCUCGAGAGAUGCCAGCUUUGCCCCGCACAUCUGAAAACAUGAUCCGGCAAGAAGAACAGUUCUUUAGUAGAAGGAAACAGCUGGAAGAUUACCUGACAAAGUUACUAAAAAUGCCCAUGUAUAGAAACUAUCAUGCAACAACAGAAUUUCUUGAUAUAAGCCAGCUGUCUUUCAUCCAUGAUUUGGGACCAAAGGGCAUAGAAGGUAUGAUAAUGAAAAGAUCCGGAGGACACAGAAUACCAGGCCUGAAUUGCUGUGGCCAGGGGAGAGCCUGCUAUCGGUGGGCAAAGAGGUGGUUGAUAGUAAAAGAUUCCUUUUUACUGUAUAUGAAACCAGACAGUGGUGCUAUUGCCUUCGUCCUGCUGGUGGAUAAAGAAUUCAGAGUUAUGGUGGGGAGGAAGGAGACAGAGACGAAAUAUGGACUCCGAAUUGAUAAUCUUUCAAGGACACUGAUUUUAAAAUGCAACAGCUACAGACAUGCUCGGUGGUGGGGAGGGGCUAUAGAAGAAUUCAUCCAGAAGUAUGGCCCCGACUUUCUCAAAGAUCAUCGAUUUGGGUCAUAUGCUGCUAUCCAAGAGAACACUUUAGCUAAAUGGUAUGUUAAUGCCAAAGGAUAUUUUGAAGAUGUGGCAAAUGCAAUGGAAGAGGCAAAAGAAGAAAUAUUUAUCACAGAUUGGUGGUUGAGUCCAGAAAUCUUCCUGAAACGUCCGGUGGUUGAAGGAAAUCGUUGGAGGUUGGACUGCAUUCUUAAGCGAAAAGCACAACAGGGGGUAAGGAUCUUCAUUAUGCUCUACAAAGAGGUGGAACUCGCCCUUGGAAUCAAUAGUGAAUACAGCAAGAGGACUCUGAUGCGUCUACACCCCAACAUAAAGGUGAUGAGGCACCCGGAUCACGUGUCGUCCAGCGUAUACCUGUGGGCUCAUCAUGAGAAACUCGUCGUCAUCGACCAGUCGGUGGCCUUUGUGGGUGGGAUUGACCUGGCUUAUGGGAGGUGGGAUGACAACGAACACAGACUCACGGAUGUGGGCAGCGUGAAGCGCGUCAUCGGGGGACCGUCUCUGGGUUCCCUCACAGCUGAAACAACAGAGUCUAUGGAAUCCUUAUGCCUCAAAGAUAAAAACGAAUCUGACAAAGAUCUGCCCAUCCUGAACCCUCCGGAUGAUGCAACUUCAAAACUGAAAGGAAUAGGAAAGCCCAGCAAGUUCUCCAAAUUCAGUCUCUACAGGCAGCUGCACAGACACCAUCUGCAUGACACAGACAGCAUCAGCAGCAUCGACAGCGCCUCCAGUUAUUGUAAUCACUGUAGGAGUCGUCAGAAUCUAAUCCAUGGUUUAAAGCCCCACUUGAAAUUCUUUCGCUCUUCCAGUGAGUCUGAGCAGGGGCUUACUAGACCUAACGUUGACACAGCUUCCCUCCAAAGUGUACAGACACGUGUGGGAGAGCUACAUGGGGAAACCAGAUUCUGGCAUGGAAAAGACUACUGCAAUUUCGUCUUCAAAGACUGGGUUCAACUCGAUAAACCUUUUGCUGAUUUCAUUGACAGGCACUCCACCCCCCGGAUGCCAUGGCAUGACAUAGCCUCUGCAGUCCACGGGAAGGCAGCUCGCGACGUGGCCCGUCACUUCAUCCAGCGCUGGAACUUCACGAAGAUUAUGAAACCAAAAUAUCGGUCCCUUUCUUAUCCUUUUCUGCUUCCAAAAUCUCAAACAACAGCCCACGAGUUGAAAUACCAAGUGCCUGGGUCUGUCCAUGCUAAUGUACAGUUACUCCGCUCUGCAGCUGAUUGGUCUGCUGGUAUCAAGUACCAUGAAGAAUCCAUCCAUGCUGCUUACGUCUAUGUGAUAGAGAACAGCAAGCACUACAUCUAUAUAGAAAACCAGUUUUUCAUAAGCUGCGCUGAUAACAGAGUUGUGUUCAACAGGAUUGGCAAUGCCAUUGCUCAAAGGAUACUUAAAGCUCACAGGGGAAGCCAGAGAUACCGGGUGUAUGUCGUGAUACCACUUCUGCCAGGUUUUGAAGGAGACAUUUCAACCGGUGGAGGAAAUGCUCUACAGGCAAUAAUGCACUUCAACUACAGAACCAUGUGCAGAGGAGAAAAUUCCAUCCUUGGACAAUUAAAAGCAGAGAUUGGCAAUCAGUGGAUAAAUUAUAUAUCCUUCUGUGGUCUUAGAACACAUGCAGAGCUUGAAGGAAACCUAGUCACUGAGCUUAUCUAUGUCCACAGCAAGUUGCUAAUUGCUGAUGACAACACUGUUAUUAUUGGCUCUGCCAACAUAAAUGACCGAAGCAUGCUGGGAAAACGAGACAGUGAAAUGGCAGUCAUUGUGCAGGACACAGAGACAGUCCCUUCGGUAAUGGAUGGAAAAGAGUACCAAGCUGGUCGGUUUGCCCAAGGACUUCGCCUUCAGUGCUUUCGGGUUGUCCUUGGCUAUCUUUCUGGCCCCAGUGAAGACAUUCAGGAUCCAGUGAGUGACAAAUUCUUCAAGGAGGUGUGGGUUUCAACAGCAGCUCGAAAUGCUACAAUUUAUGAUAAGGUGUUCCGGUGCCUUCCCAAUGAUGAAGUACACAAUUUAAUUCAGCUGAGAGACUUUAUAAGCAAGCCCAUAUUAGCAAAGGAGGAUCCCAUUAGAGCUGAGGAAGAACUGAAAAAGAUCCGUGGGUUCUUGGUGCAAUUCCCCUUUUAUUUCUUGUCUGAAGAAAACCUACUGCCUUCUGUUGGAACCAAGGAAGCCAUGGUGCCCAUGGAGGUUUGGACUUAAGCGUUAUACUUAUUUGCAGCUCAGAGACUUCCACUCUGAAGAGUACACGUCACAUUCUGACUUUCUGGAGACCUAAUAGACAAAGCCAGACCCAGAGCACACAUCCACCCCUUGGAUUGCAACUCUUUGAGUUGACUUGGAAGGGCUGCAGUCAUACUGAUGUAAGGACAAUGAACAUCGGCUUGGCUUUAUAAUUCCUCGUGCCUCUCCUUGUGAAAAAGGGACUGCAUUCUUAGGUAGUAUAUACCCAACAGCUUCAACACAUAUUUCAAUUCCAUGAUGUAUACCAAAGUGCAUUUUCUUUGCUAACAAGAAUUUAUCUGUAACUGUGAUCUACGUUGCCAAAAGUUGUCUGAACCUCCUUAAUUUCCUCUGACCCUCACACAUGCAGCUGUUGUUUGCUGGACCUGCCUUCAUCUUGUAAUCCAUACAGGCUCUGUUUCACAGAAUGUUUACUGCUAGAAGAUGUUGUGAUGCUGCUCUGAGAUUCUUGAAGGUUCCAUGGGAUGCUCUGCCCAUCUGGUCCUGGAGUUGUGGUGUGCACCCAACCAAGGAUGUGGUCCUUCUUCCCUUCCAGUGACUGAAAGGACAGGACAGACCUUAGUAUACACAGCAGCCCAUGUUAGGUACUUCUGAUAAUAUUGAUAGUAUGUAUCUUGACACGACAGAGCAACAGGAAGGAAUUAAAUUUGAUUAUUACAGCAGAGAUUUCACUUUACCUCCAAAGGCACUGACAAGAUGUAUCCUUAUGGUAGGGCCCACCGGAUCAGAUUUGAAAACAUGUGUAGGAUAUUUGAUUACACAGCAACCCAUAAAACUCAAAGACAGAGCAUACAGCCUUCAGAAAUCACCAACAUGUUGGUGGGAAUCAGAUUCAGAUAAGGAAAGAACAUUUCUUACAGUCCUGUAAAAUUUCCUGCCAUCCAUAGCUGCCAGAUUGAAAUUGGAGUUUCUACAUCUCAAAAUAAAACUAGCAAAUACAACUUGUCUUUCAAGAGAAUCAGGGGCUUCGUAACUCAUGCCAAGUGAAUGAGUAUGAGCCCAGCCUUAUUUGACAUUCAGCUCUCCAGCUAUGCUACCUUCUAGAAGAAAAAUUGAUUGUAAAAUACAUGCACCAUCUCUUGCAUUAUUAAAUAAGCAUUAACAUUCCACUACAGUUCCAAAGAGGUUAGGGUUAUUUAUUAAUUCACACUAUCCUCAUCUGUGACUUGUUCAGGAAAUCCAUUUCUCCUUUUUGGAUGUUAACAUACCCUUUGAUACCCCAUAGCUCUAGUUUUAUUAUGCAGAACUACUCUUACAACUUGAAGAACUAAUGUGGGUUCCCAACAGGCCAUAAAAUAUGGUAUAGAUGGGGCUUCCCUGCUGGCUCAGACAGUAGAGAAUCUGCCUGCAAUGCAGGAGAUCUGGGUUCGAUGCCUGGGUCAGAAAGAUCCACUAGAGAAGGGAAUGGCAACCCACUCCAGUAUUCUUGCCUGGAGAAUCCCGUGGACAGAGGAGCCUGGCAGACUAUAGUCCAUGGGGUCACACAACUGAGUGACUAACACUUUCACUUUCACACUUACACUGAGUGCAAUAAUCACACCUUUAUGGGUUACCUGGACAGAAUCUCGUCCAAAGAAGUAAGGAUCCAUACCUGUUUCAUAGAGCUGGUAGUCCAAUCAGUCAGUCAGUUCAGUUCAGUCACUCAGUCGUGUCCGACUCUUUGCAACCCCACAAAUCGCAGCAUGCCAGGCCUCCCUGUCCAUCACAAACUCCCGGAGUUUACUCAAAUUCAUGCCCAUCGAGUUGGUAGUCCAGUAGAAAAGACUAAAUAGGAACAUAAAGCCAGUGAAACAUAAAGUCAGUUAGCAGGAAAGAGACAGUGUUACAUACCCACAAGAGAGUUUUACAAAUGAGGUGAGACUGUGUAACCAACGAUGGAAAUUAAUAUGCUUUUAUGGCGGCCAAAGAUGAAAAAAUGGCUUCAUUCUAUAGCCGUCAUAAAUAAGAUGUUUGCUAUUUGUGAAGUUUAGAUUGGCAUUUAAAGUGUUGAGUAUAUGUGGAAUACCUACGGAUUUCUCAUAUUUUCUUUUUCAAUGUUUUUUUAAAUGUAGAAGAGUCAAAAGACUGGCUCUUGAAAGGGCCCUUUCUCUUUAAAAAAAAAAAAAAGCAUGUAAUACAACCUCUCCCCAUUUUAUAGCUGAGGAAACUGAGACCCUUGUUAGUUGAAGGACUCUUCACCCAUUAGGACUAAGGACACUGCUGCAGUCCCCUGCUGGCCUCUCCUUUCACUCAUCACUGCCCCACAAUGAGGAGAUGCAAUAAAUAGAUUUCAGAGAGGAUGUCUCUAAGCUGUUUUGAACCCUGUGAUCUUAUGGAUUUAUGUGCUUGUCCGUGUCCCUCAACUAGAAUGGAAGCUCCAUGGGUCAGGGACUUCCCUGCGUUUUGUUCAUAUUGUUAUCUCCAGAUCUUGAAACAGAGCCUGGCUCAUAGGAGGUGCUCAGUACAAGUUUGUUGGAUAAAUAAAGGAGAUGGAAGAGAGAGCUAAUGAAAUGAAAACCUUAUGGAGUCUCAUACAAGAAAAUCUUCCUGCUAUUGCUAAAGAAACUGUUAGCAAGGUUCUUUUCUACUGAAUCUUCUCAAAGGCAAGAUGUUUAUCUGCAAAGAGAGGGGCUACAAGAUUUAUUUGGGUGGAUUUAUGGGAAAUUCAGGGCCACAAUGCCUUGCUUCACAGUGGCAGUUUACAUAAUGUACCAUUCUGUAAAAAUCACAUGGGCUGUGGACACAAGAUGUAUGACCUAAUUACCCAUCAUUCUCUGACACCGUUACUACCUACUAGAAGUUCAAAUACCUUAACGUUGCAGUGUCUGAUAUAAACUUUAAAACGCAAGGGACUAAAUAAAUAAAUAAAAUGCAAGGGAUUUAGCAUCUUGAAAAACUAUUAUGAAUCUGUACCACGCUUUAAACUGACUAUAAUCUUUUGAAAUUACAAAAGGUAAUUACAGCCUUUAAGUGCUGUACCUGAGA